CGCCGCGCUGCCGGCCCUCGGGGCGGCGCGCUCCUGCGGUCGGGCCGGCUGUUGCGGGGCCUUGCUUUGCCGUCCUCAGCUGCUCCCGCGGGGCCGACAGCCCCCGCUCGCCCUCCGUCCGCGAGAUGCUGCUGCUGGCUUUCGGCGGCCGGUGGGCUGCUGCUUGGCGGCCGGGCGGGAAGAGGACCGCAGCGUGGGCAGCCGCGGCGCUGCGAGGCCCCAGCGCGGCCGUCUCGCGAGCGGCCUCCUGCCGCGGGCCCUCGGGGCUGGUCGUCGGCGGGAGCGCGGGGUCGCCAGGCGCCGCGCCGCUUCUCCCGUGGCCCGGGCGAGCGCAGAUUCCUAAUUGUUGGCAAGGAUGUGUUCGAUGCAUACAUACACAGCUUGACAAAUCAGAAGAUGGAAGGCUGAUUUAUACUGGGAAUCUGUCUCGUGCAGUAUUUGGUGUGAAAUGUUUCUCUUAUUCUACAAGUGUGCUCAGCCUUGCAUUUCUACCAUACCUGUUUGCACAGAGUAACAUUAUAUUUGGAAGUCUGCCUUUACAAAUCUUAUUUUAUGGCGUCCUAGGAAGCUUUACAGUGAUCACCCCAACACUGCUUCACUUCCUUACAAAAGGCUAUGUCGUUCGGUUAUACCAUGAGCCCACGACGGACACUUACAAAGCUAUUACUUACAGCGUUUUGCUUUCAGAAAUGAGCACAGUGUUUCACCAGAAUGAUGUGAAGAUCCCCAACAGUGCACAUUUGUUUACCACAUUUUAUGCAAAAACAAAGUCAUUGUUAGUUAAUCCCGUGCUCUUUACAAAUCCUGAUGACUAUAACCAUCUAAUGGGUUAUGACAAACCGUUCACUUUUGAUACAGAGGAGGCUAGUACAAAGAAUCAGCUUGACGAUGAUUAAUGGGCCUUGUUGCUGUUAUGUUUGUAACUACUGUAAUUGUAAUCUGUGUUUUGGUGUAUAAGACUGCCUUUUCUUUUUUGUUAGUGAUUAUUAAAAAUAACUUAAAACUAUUAAACAGCUUCUAAUUCA